GGCGGCUGGCGCGGCGGCCGGGCCGGAGCGGUGGGAGGCUGGGCUGGGCAGGGCGCAGGGGAGCCGGGCCGCCGCGUCUGUGGACUUCAGGGAGUGAGAGCCGUGCGGCACCAUGGUGCGCAUGAAUGUUCUAGCCGAUGCUCUCAAAAGCAUCAACAAUGCAGAGAAACGUGGGAAACGCCAAGUGCUCAUUAGGCCGUGCUCCAAAGUAAUCGUCCGGUUUUUAACUGUGAUGAUGAAGCACGGUUACAUUGGUGAAUUUGAGAUAAUUGAUGAUCACAGAGCUGGGAAGAUUGUUGUCAAUCUCACAGGCAGACUCAACAAGUGUGGUGUAAUCAGUCCCAGAUUUGAUGUUCAGCUGAAGGAUUUGGAAAAGUGGCAGAACAACCUACUGCCUUCACGUCAGUUUGGGUACAUUGUACUGACAACCUCAGCUGGCAUCAUGGACCAUGAGGAGGCUAGGCGAAAACACACAGGAGGCAAAAUCCUGGGAUUCUUUUUCUAAAACUUGUAAAAAAAGAGGAUACUAAUAAAUUGUUCAAAUGGA